AUGGCAUUUGAAGAGAACUCAGGCCCUGCCGAACCAUGUCUAUUCAAUGAAGAGUCACAUCACUUUGACAAUGAACCUACACAUUCUGAUGAUUCAGACUAUGAGAAUUUGGAUAAUAAUGCCUGGUUUCCAACAGAAGAAAUAU